GUGAAGGCUGCAUUUAGUUAACUUUGACAAAACAUAAUGUCGUCCAUUCUGAAUUGCUGAUAUGAGAAAAGUCAUUCCUAGUUGUAUUUUAGUUAUCUUUUAUUUGCUCUAUAAAUAGCUUAAGAGAUUAUAACAUUCUCAAAUUAGAGAAGCAAAUUCAAAGAAACAUACAAUAUAAUGGCCUUUUGCAAAGUUGGUAUCCUUUCCCUUCUCCUACUGUCUGGUAUAAUUCUUCUGGGAAUUGAGGUGGAAUAUGGAAAUGCACAAAAAAUGUGUCUCCAGGUUUGUGACGAUGAAGUUGCUUACAUGACUUGCCCCUCUUCAGGAGACGAGCAAAUUAGUCCUGUUUGUGUCAACUGUUGCACAGCAGGUGAAGGCUGCAAAUUAUUCCGCGCUGAUGGAUCGUUAAUUUGUACUGGAACCCCUGAAUAAUAUAUUCAUCCUUUGCUUGUCAAAAUGUAACGAUCAAAUGUUUAUUUUUUGUAUUCAUGUGUGUAAUAAGGCCUGAGUUAUUACUCUGGCAGUUUCUAAUGUAAUAUAUAUGUUCAUCCUUGCUUAUAAUUUGUAUGAGGUUUUGAAGAUUUCAAUAACAAAUGGUAACUACUAUUAUAUUA